GGGAACGUUAGUGUGGAAUCUUCUGGAAGACAGCACUCUGCCCCCAGGCUUCCACCUGGCACCCCUACUGUGAAGAGUGCCCAGUCCUGCCUGUGCCUGCUCAGCCUCCAGGGUCCACCUCCUCCACUCCAUGGUCCAGCAGGGAGGAAUGGGGUCCUUGUAAAAACCCCCGGGGGCUAGCCCAACCGCUUCCUGCCCUGCAGCCUCUCCCUGCAACCUCUCCCCACUGUGGGACGGGUUACUUGGGGUCCAAGAGCGAACUUGCCACACCCUCUGGUCUCCAAAGGGGUCAGGCUGAGGUGGGGAGGAGCUGUCCCGAGCCGCCCCAGCUCUGAUCAGAUUCGCCCCCGGUGACCCAGAUACAGCGCUGGGGGCGCGGGGAGACCUGCAGGUGCUGCUGGCCCUGGGCUGGGGUGUCGAGGCUGGGGCGGAGGUUCUCGUGAGGCCCAAGAGUAGGCCCUGUGUCUGCAUCGAGAUGGAUCCCGGGGAGACGGGCCCUACUCUGACCCCGCUGCCUGUCCCCUCAGCUGGGGGAGGUGGCUUCUCCCCACGACCUGGGGACCACAGACGCCUGCGUGAGACUCCAGGGAGAACAGACUGUGUGUGAGCAGCUCUGGGGCCUCUUCCCGGAUCCCAGCUCCAGCGUGUUCCAGGGUCGGGUGACAGCGCCCAAACAGGCCCAGAGCUUCCAGACGAGCACGGGGUUGGGGGGGCUCAGGGAGCCGAGGUAUCACACGUGUGUGGGCGCCCAAGGAUGCUGAACCGGAUGGUGGGCGGCUGGGACGCCCUGGAGGGCGAGUGGCCCUGGCAGGUCAGCAUCCAGCGCAACGGAAGCCACUUCUGCGGGGGCAGCCUCCUCACAGAGCGAUGGGUCCUCACGGCAGCGCACUGCUUCUCCAACACCUCCGAAACCUCCCUGUACCAGGUCCUGCUUGGGGCGCGGCAGCUGGUGAGGCCAGGGCCACACGCCGUGUACGCCCGCGUGAAGCGGGUGGAGAGCAACCCCCUGUACCGGGGCAUGGCUUCCAGCGCCGACGUGGCGCUGGUGGAGCUGGAGGCGCCUGUGACCUUCACCAACUACAUUCUCCCCGUGUGUGUGCCUGACCCUUCGGGGGCCUUUGAGGCGGGCAUGAGCUGCUGGGUCACCGGCUGGGGCAGCCCCAGUGAGGAAGACCGCCUGCCCAGCCCACGGGUCCUGCAGAAGCUUGCAGUGCCCAUCAUCGACACGCCCAAGUGUAACCUGCUCUACAGCAAGGACGCCGAGGCUGGCCUCCAGCCCAAAGCCAUCAAGGAUGACAUGCUGUGUGCUGGCUUUGCUGAGGGCAAGAAGGACGCCUGCAAGGGCGACUCGGGGGGACCCCUGGUAUGCCUGGUGGGCCGGUUGUGGUUGCAGGCAGGAGUCAUCAGCUGGGGCGAGGGCUGUGCCCGCCGGAACCGCCCAGGUGUCUAUAUCCGGGUCACCUCCCACCAUGACUGGAUCCAUCGCAUCAUCCCAAACCUACAAUUCCAACAGGCCGAGUUGGGUGGCCAGAAGCGGGGGCCCCAGGUCCAGCAGCACCUCCUGGACUCUGUGCCCCGCCUGGCAGCCCACAUGCUCCUCUCAGUCCUCGCGGCCCUCCUGGCCCUCCUCUGAGCCCCGGGACCCACGGUGUACAUUUGUAAAUAGCGCUCCUGUCCUCUCUGGUCAAAUGCCCAGUUGUUUUUUUAUUUAUGUUUAUGCUCCAAUAAAAACCUGACCUCA